GCGAUAAAAUGGACGAGGCUCUUGUCGGUCCAUGUCCACAUCGCCUUUAUCAUCCUUACCAGAAAGACGACUCUCAGAACAAACACUCCACAUACAUACACUUACACACACACAUACCAUAUCGGCAUGCAGGCCAUUGCCGUCUCCUCCUCCUAGCAAUAGCCCACUCCCCUGCGUCCUCUCCGGUUUCUCCUCCGUUGUGAAGAGAACAACGCGAACCCUGCUGUCGGGCCCAUUUUCACACCCACAAUUCUGCCCGAAGCCCUUUGUAUCACUACUGGUGAAGGUUACGAGCCUCGACCAUGGCGACUUUCGAACAACAAUAUAACAUGGAGGAGUCACCCUAUCCAGUUCCCGAUAUUGCGGGUGACAGCUCGAUUUACACCUCACCGACGGACACUAUCGAAAGCGGUGACUACUUUGACACUUCGCUCUUGUUUCCCGCCGACACAGCAGCACAACUCGGGGGAGAGGCCCGCCGCCUUUCUUUCGACGCUGCCAUGUACAGCGUAGGCGGAUAUCAGCAUCUCGCUGGGAGCGAUUCGCCUGGAGCGGAGCCUCAGAAUGGGGCUGUUCCCUACCGGUCGUUGCCGCGACCACCUCGAUCGCCGUCCGCCGCACUUUCGAACGGCAGCCAUCACCCAUCACAGCAUUCCCUCAAACGGACGCCGUCUUUUGUGUCGGAUCACAUCUCGGAUACGUCUAGCGUCCGCUCGAAUCCCUACCCGCAACGAGCGGCGCCGCUGAGAUGUCUAUGGAGGUUGGAAGACGAGUCUCUGUGUUCUAGACCGUUCACAGAUCCAGAGCUGCUGUACUCGCACUUGACAGAGGACCACGUUGGGAGGAAGACUACGGGAAAUCUGACGUUGCAGUGUCGGGUUUUGAACUGCACGCACGCUGUGCAAGACCAGGCGUUCACGAAACGAGAUCAUAUCACCUCCCAUCUGCGGUCGCAUGUUCCGCUCAAAGCGAACCCGUGCGUGACGUGUGCGAAAUCGUUCAAAUGGCCGCAUGAUCUGAAGAAGCAUUAUGCGAAGACGGGGCAUGGGAACGCGGGCGCCGUGGGGGAUGAGGGGGGAGUUGGGCAAUUCUUGGACGCGCCGCCGGCGACGAGGAGCUUGGGGAGGAGGACUUCGAAAUCGGGCUCCGUUGGACGACCACCCCGUCGCGCUGCAACAUCGCCUGCACGGGUACCGGGUGGUUCGGCGGCGUUGCGUCGGAGAUCGACCGAGCCUAUCAAACCAGGUUCGGCUUCUCCGAGAGGAUCGCCAGCGUUGUCGCCUGACACCAACGGCACACCACAAGGGGUGCCUGUUCCUUCACAAAACAACGACAUGAACGGCGUCGACAUCUCAUCUUCUUACGUUACCGCGCAUUCCUUUGGCAACACCAGCUUCUCGAUCUCGGAACAUCAAAGCGAAGGCCACUUCAGCCCUGGAGACAUGGGACAACAACAAGUGGAUCCGUUUAGCUUCAUGCAAUACCGCACGAACUCCUCUUCCUCAUUCCACUCCAUCUAUUCCAGCUCCUCCGUCGGCGGUGACACGCACUCCGAGCUCUCCGCAUUCGACGAACUCGCCUCGAUUCAUACUACCGAGUCCUACAACCAAGCCGCCGCAGCGGCAGCCGCCAACGCGGGCAACGGUACCGUGGAGGGGUAUAAUCCCGUCGACGUGCACCUCUUAUCCAGAUUCCUGGAAGAAAUCUCCCUCCCGCAGUAUUCGACUGGAGCCGUGGGGGACCAGUAUCCUCUCCCGCAAACCCCGGACCUGAACAACCCGUCGUAUGCGACCGGAACCGACUUCUUUGGCAACGCGAAUGGCGAUCUGGACAGUUUCUUUGCGGCAUCGCCGUCCAAUGGGCCAACGAGCGAUGCGGAGAUGUUUGGGUUGGUUGGCGCUGGUGGUGGGACCAGGAUAGCCCCUGCCUCCCCGUACUUCACGGGCUUCGACAAUGGCAAUUUCGACAAUGCGAACCAGCAACAAUUCGCAGGCAGUUCGUUGCAGGGGCAGCAGCCGUACGGGUAUGGCCUCCCAGAUGGCCCAGCCAUCCCCCUCCUGUCCAUCUCGCAGGCCGAUGAGGACAGUGCGCUAUUUUUCCCGCCUGGCGGUCCGGAUUACUCCGAUCUCAGCCAGCAGCAGCAGCAGCAGCAGCAAGAGCAGUCUGUAGCUGGCGAGUUUGUGACGGACCUGUUCGCCAACGGGAUAGGCGAUGACGGAGGCUACUACUCCGCCACAUCCCUACCGCGACCUUCCUCCUCCACGACCGAUCCACCAGCCAACACCAACACCCCGCACAUCUUCGUCACCCAGGACACAUCCCCUUUUCAGACCCAGUUCCUCCAUCGACAGCAGCAGCAGCAACAUACUUCCCGCCCCGUGACACCACAGGACGUGCUUGCGGAACUCACCGACUUUGAUAACGAGUUUACCGUCCGCGCCGGUAGCAGCUCCCAGUUCCCACCCCGACCGGCAAGCGCCAUCCCCGUUCUGUUCCGCCCAACGGGCGACGGCAACACUUACGGAGACACGCCUACCCCCCACGACACGCACCUCCCCUUCGACGCCUUCUUUGACGAUCCGGCCGGGAUGGGCCAUCUGAACGAAGACGGGGACGGUGUAGGCAUGUAUACGACGCUAAGUUCCAGCGCCCCGACAUCGCGGGCCGGGACAGGGGCGAAGUUCCUCCAAGAAGCGUUCGAGAGCAGGAACCACCCGCCACCACAAGCUCAUCACAACCACAACAACGCAACGGGAGACCCAACCAACCGCAUCCACCAGGAGAUCCACGCGGCGUUGCUUAAUAUGCAUCAUGGGGAUAACGACCGGACUUUACGGAUUAGUCCGGCGCGUGGGGGGUUGUAAGGGGACGGGG